AACGUGCUCUGACGUCAGAGCAGUCACAAGACGCAGCUAGCGGAGGCGAGUGUGAGUGUGCGCGCGCGAGGCCAGGAGACAGCGUGUCCACAUUUGUGUAUAGUGUUUCGGAGCGCUGGAACAAUGACCGCAGAGAACCAAUAGUUGCAGGUCUUUUGGAGUAGAACAGGCAACUGUUUUCUGUGAAUUUUUGUUUUUGGGGCGCAGGAAUUAAAAGUCACAGAGGCAGUACAUAUCUGUCAGCGGUGUACAUUGUGCAUGCGUGCGUGGCGGCUGGUGUCGGCAGCUGCAGUGUUUGGCUAGCUUCGUUAGCAAGUCAACAUUGUGUGCUCAUAUUGACGCUAAGCUAGCAGAGGUGCUAGCUUGGCCGGCACGUGUGGUGGAAGCUGGUGUAUAGGUGAUGUUGUCCGUGCUGUCCUACGGUAGACUGGUUGCCAGAGCUGUCAUUGGCGGACUUUCUCAGACUGACAGCCGCGACUACAGCCUGGUGUCGGCAAGCUGCGGCUUUGGCAAGGACUUUCGCAAAGGCAUCCUGAAGAAAGGGAUGUGCUAUGGGGACGACGCGUGCUUCAUUGCCCGACACAGAUCCGCCGAUGUUUUGGGUGUGGCAGAUGGGGUAGGUGGCUGGCGAGACUAUGGUGUGGACCCGUCACAAUUUUCAGGUACAUUGAUGAAGACUUGUGAAAGGCUAGUGAAGGAAGGACGCUUCGUUCCCAGCAACCCUGUGGGAGUCCUCACGACCAGUUACUAUGAGCUGCUGCAGAACAAAGUGCCACUGUUGGGUAGCAGCACAGCCUGCAUUGUAAUUUUGGACCGGCAGAGUCACCAGCUGCACACAGCCAACUUGGGAGACUCAGGCUUCCUGGUGGUUCGGGGAGGGGAGGUGGUCCACCGCUCAGACGAGCAGCAGCACUACUUCAACACACCCUUCCAGCUGUCCAUUGCUCCCCCGGGGGCUGAGGGGGCAGUGCUCAGUGACAGCCCUGAUGCCGCAGAUAGCUCCUCUUUCGACGUGCAGCUGGGUGACAUAAUUCUCACUGCAACCGAUGGACUGUUUGACAAUAUGACCGACUACAUGAUCCUACAGGAGCUGAAGAAACUCAAGGCAAGGCACGAACAGAACACAAACUAUGAGAGCAUCCAGCAGACUGCCCGGAGUAUUGCAGAGCAGGCCCAUGUACUGGCAUAUGACCCAAACUACAUGUCGCCAUUUGCACAGUUUGCCUGUGACAAUGGACUGAACGUAAGAGGAGGAAAGCCAGAUGAUAUUACAGUGCUGCUGUCAAUAGUGGCAGAAUACACUGACUAGAGUGUGUGGAGCUGUGAUGGCAGCAUCAUCCUCUGCAGUUUAUGGACUACUUUGAAUCCUGCUGGUCAGGAUGAAAGACUGAUGCUUCCCCCACAUCUGCUGGCUCUAGUCUGCCUCAACCCCCAGCUAACUGUCACCCACUUCUACAUGCCCGCUUCUCUGCGACUGUGUAUAUCAGAGUGACUGAAUAGAGAGGACUCACGACCAGGCUGCCAUGUUCUGGUCUCCACUGGAUAAUCCCAUUGCCUGAGAUCAGCUGUCAUUGGGAACAAGGAUCCUGCCUGACAGGGUUAAGUUAUUUCUCUGAUGGAUGUUUUAGGCAGGGAGGAAGUAGAGAUUCAGAGGGGGGCAGAUGUAACCAGACAGUAGAUGUUUGACUCUUAAAGUGGCCCCACACUGGGCUGUUGGAGAGGAAAUUUACAGUCCAGUCCAUCAGUAGCGUCAGGAAGGAAACUGCACAGGAAAUGGCAGCAUUAGGGCUCAAUAAUUGGGCUGCCUUGUGCAAGCAGAUGUUCCUAAUGAUACAGUGGUAGUUAGAGAUCUUGUCAGAGGGCCGGGGAGGGUAUGUUUAGUAUGACUGCUGUGCUGUCCUUGGAUGUUUUGUUAAAUGUUUGCAAAAAAAAAAAAAAAAAA